AUGGGAAACCAUCACGGGCACGGCUCCCACAAAUCGGGAGAGUCCACACCAACGUCCCAAGGGUCCCACAGGAGCAUUUCUAGAUCCGUACCCAACACCGACGUGCAACCCGAACAACCAAGUCAGUUGUUCCCGGUGGAAAGAUUAGCCAAGAUUUUAGCGGAGAAAGCGUCUCACGAAGACCAUGUUCACGGAAUCACGUUAUCGGUGUUCACGAAAUACCUUUUCCCCCGGUACCCCAUUCUAGCGGACAAACUCUUCGCCUACUUCCACAAGUCGGCUAAGUGCAAGAACACCUACAUUGACACACAAAGCUUCAAGCAACAAAGCGAAAAAUACCUAUCUAUUCUCGACGAUGAGGUGGUUCGCGACACGUUUGUUAAAAUGUUUUCUAGUGAAGGCGACAGCAGCGACGUGAUCACCCCAGAGGGGCUGCGCUCGCUGCUCAUGUGCGGCUAUCACGUUAGUAUGGACCAUUAUUCCGAAGGCCCCCAGAUGUGUCUUUCCAUCGGGAAAACUCUGAAGGCCGUUGUUGAUAGUUGUUUUCAUACGAAAAAUCAACUGUCCGCACAGUUUGUGUCGCAUUGGCUUGCCGCUAAUUGUCCGAGGCUUUUGUUGCCGUUGCAUCGCUACAUUAUACAUUCCUUAGCCACUUCGUAUCGCACGAUCGAAGAUUACGAGUCUACUCCGGCUGCAGGUCUUUCUAAAGAUGCGAAAGAUGAAGUGGAAGAAGGUUUGGAGCUUGCCACGCCCGUCCUGGAGCACCCGCCCCCUUUCGGUCAGAAGCACCCCCACCUACUCCAGAUGAGCAUGUCUUGGCUGCUAGCCGGCGCCCUCCCUCCUGUAUAUUCACGCCCCCAGAAAGCCCACUCCCCUAGCAACAGCGGCGUCGGCUUGUCAAGCACCGCCUUCCUCGCUAAACUCCUCUGCUCCGUGCCUUCUCAUUGGGUGGUCUUGUACGACUCGAACGACAACGGUCUCGGUGCCAACCGAUUCCUACACCACGUCUUAUCUUACAAAGGUCCUACGUUGUGCCUUUUGCUUGCCGAAAACGGUCAAAUAUUCUGCAUAGCGUCACCGAACGAAUGGAAGGAAUCUAACCAUUAUUGGGGCGGCGAAGACGCCGCCGUUAUUCAACUAUCCCCCAAAUUUUUGUUACUAGAAAAGGGUUCGAAGAUGUUGUAUUUGAACACGACGGUGAGGGGGUACCCAUAUGGGUUGCGAGCUGGUACAGACCCCAGAGCUCCCAUCAUUAUCGUGGAUGGCGGUUUUGAAAAGAUGGAGUUUAAGAAAAUUCCGUAUAAUCUCAUACGGAUCGAAGUGUGGGGUUGUGGCGACCCCGUCAGUCGCGAAACUCAACUAGAAAUAAAGAAGUGGGAGGUGAAAGAGGCGGAGCGACAGCGCUUUGUCAAAUUGAGCGCCGCUGAUUGGCUGGACCACCCAGAUAGGUAUUUGUUGGAGCUCGCCGGUAGGCCUCAAUACCACCAAAGCCAAAAUCAAAAUCAAUAAAUAAUUAAGUACUCAGGGCUAAUUUUAGAGUAAUAGUACUGACGUUAGUCACUGAUGUAUUUAUUCAGAAGUCUUAAGAAUUUAAAGUGCCCUCAUUUGUUAAAUUAUUGACUUAGGUAUAUCGACACGGCUUUAACUAUUGUCAUGGUAUUAAAUACAGUAAACCCUCUUUAACAAAAACAACUUAUUUAAGCUAAGUUUUCUUCGUAAUCUAUUUCUAAGAAUACAUAUAUACAUAUAAAAUAUAAUGAAACAAUUGUCCUAAGUAGAUUGUUUGGGACUUUGAUCCCACUUCGUAAUAACGAAGUGUUUGUCUUACCCGAGUUCGGAGUAACGAGGGUUUACUGUACUUAAAUGGUUCUACUUAAACUUGUACUCUUUAAGAUACUUAAUUUAUGUAUUCUAUGAUAUUGAUAGGGCGUGUUCGUCAUGUUAUAAAUUAAAAUCCGACAUAUUUUUAUAAAGAUGUUUAAAGGA